GGCAUGAAUUCCCAAAAUUGGGUGUGGCUCACUCUCAUCCUGACGCGCGUUUGCGCACUCGCCACAGCGCAGAACUACAACUGCUUCAACAACGGCAACUACACAAGCAACACCACAUACAGCAACAACCUCAACACACUCCUCUCAUCACUCUCCCCAAACCUAAACGACACCGGUUUCUACAGCGCUUCGUCGUCGGGUGGUCAACCGGACCGGGCCUACGCCACGGCCGUAUGCAGAACCGACAUCCAGCUCGACACGUGCCGCACGUGCGUCCAAAACGGCACCGUCGAGCUCCUCGGUCUCUGCCCCUACCAAAAACAGGCCAUCCUAUGGAGAGAGUUCUGCACCAUACGGUACUCGGACGAGCCCGUUUUCGGUAUCCGGGCCGACAGCCCGGCCGUGUUGCUGCGCAACACUAUGAACGCGUCGGGCGCCGCUCAGUUUAAGGAGGAUCUGAGAACGCUGAUCGACGAUCUCCGGAGCCAGGCGGCGUCCGGCGGCUCUCUGGUGAAGGUUGCAGCGGGGAAUAUCUCCGGCCCGGAUUUUCAGACGAUUUUCGGGAUGCUGCAGUGCUCGCCGGAUCUCUCCGCCGACGAUUGCGACGGAUGUCUGAUUAGCGCCGCGCAGUAUAUUCCAGGGUGCUGCGAUGGUUCGAGAGGAGUGAGAAUUCUCGCUCCUAGCUGUAAUCUUCGUUACGAGAUUUCGCCCUAUUACAAUAUAACUAGGAUUCGACAAGUGCAGCAGAUUGUAUCACCUCCUGUCGCCGCCCCUCCGCCGCCGCCGCCGCCGCCAUCAACACCUUCUCCGACGACAGGAAAAAGUGGUGGGAAUACAACUCGAACUGUCAUCAUCGUUGUGGUUUCAGUUGUCGUGCCUUUAGUAAUAGUUGCUGCUCUUGUUUGCAUCUGUCUAAGAAAGAGAACAAAGAAGCAAACCGAGGAACGAAUUGCCGUUUCCCGACUAAACGACGCGGAAGACGAUGACAUGAGCACCGCCGAAUCUCUGCAAUAUGAUUUGGGCAGAAUUAGAGUUGCGACUGAUGAUUUCUCUGAUGCUAACAAGUUGGGAGAAGGAGGAUUUGGUAUUGUUUACAAGGGAAAACUUCAAAAUGGUCAAGAAAUAGCAGUGAAAAGGUUGUCGAGGAAUUCAGGGCAAGGGGAUGUAGAAUUCAAGAAUGAAGUGUUGUUGGUUGCCAAACUUCAGCACAGAAACUUGGUUAGGCUAUUGGGAUUUUCUAUCGAAGGAACCGAGAGGCUUCUAGUAUAUGAGUUCGUUCGGAAUGCCAGCCUAGACCUCUUCAUAUUUGAUCCGACUAGACGUACAUCUAUGGAUUGGGACAGACGUUACAAGAUCAUAGGAGGCAUCGCAAAAGGACUUCUUUAUCUCCACGAGGAUUCCCGUUUUCGUAUUAUACAUCGUGAUCUCAAAGCUAGCAAUAUCUUACUAGACGGAGAUAUGAAUCCGAAAAUAGCAGAUUUUGGUAUGGCGAGAUUGUUUCGGCCAGAAGAAAGUGAAGGCAAUACCAGCAGAAUCGCCGGAACCUAUGGAUACAUGGCGCCAGAGUAUGCAAUGCAUGGUCAGUUCUCGGUGAAAUCUGACGUGUUUAGCUUCGGUGUGCUAGUCUUGGAGAUUAUUACGGGGCAGAAAAAUACUGCUUUUCGGAACGAGGACAAUAAUGUAGAGGAUAUGCUAAGUUGUGUAUGGAGAAAUUGGCGCGAGGGAAGAUCGAUAAACGUGGUAGAUCCGGUUUUGAGGUCGGGUUCGGGUUCAGUGAGGGAUAUGUUGAGAUGCAUUCAUAUUGGCUUGUUGUGCGUUCAAGAAAAUGCAGUCGACAGACCUACAAUGGCGUCGAUUGUUUUGAUGCUGCAUAGCUUAUCCAUAACAUUGCAAAUGCCGUCGGAGCCUGCAUUUUUCAUGUCUAGUAGGUCUGGUCAAGAAACACCACUGCUUCACCACAAGGUCGAUUCGAGUGAGUCGGAGUUGACUAGGUCUUUAGAGGCUAAGUUUGGUCAAUAUUCGAGUGAGUCGGAUUUAUACCCACGCUAAUUAUUAUUUUUUUGAACUUUCACGUAGUUUCGUAUUCGAACUAAAUAAUAUUUGUUUUAUGUCUUCUUAUUUUCUCCAAUAUUUAUGUGUAUAUGUGUUUUUUUUCUUUUUCUAUUCUAUUUGAGAAGGUUCUUCUCUUGUAUGAUGUUUCGUUGAUAUUUAACUAGCUAGGUGAUCUUGGGCCAACAAAGGAACAUAUAUUAUAUACAUUGUAGUAUAGAUAGAUUUCUUAAUUU